CUGGAGCUGCACCUCUGCACACACACACACACACCAUGGCAUCAAUACCAGGAGCUAUCAGAGUCCUUACAGCAGUCCUUCUACUGGCCAGAGGAUCCCUCUCACAGCUGGAGGUGUGUGGGCAGGCUCCACUCAACACGCGUAUCACUCGUAUUGUGGGCGGAGAAAAUGCACCGGAGGGGGCGUGGCCAUGGCAGGCCAGCCUGCACCGUGGCGGAAGCCACUUCUGCGGAGGGUCCCUCAUCAACAGCGGCUGGGUUCUGACCGCCGCCCACUGCUUUUCCAGCACCAGCACCUCCGGCCUGGUCGUCUACCUCGGACGGCAGACUCAGGAGGGCAGCAACGCCAACGAGGUCUCCAGCACCGUCACUCAGGUCAUCAAUCAUCCCAAUUACGACAGCCAAACCAGCGAUAACGACAUCGCCCUCCUCCAACUGUCCUCCUCCGUCACCUUCACCAAUUACAUCCGCCCCGUCUGCCUUGCAGCAGCCGGCAGCACCUUCCACAGGGGCACUAACAGCUUUGUGACAGGCUGGGGCAACAUCAAUUCAGGAGUGCCCCUCCCCUCACCCGAGACGCUACAGGAAGUGCAGGUGCCCAUUGUGGGAAACAGGAACUGCUUCUGCAAGUACAGUGUGCAGAACAUCGGCAUCAAUGACAACAUGAUCUGCGCCGGGGCAGAUGAGGGCGGCAAGGACUCCUGUCAGGGAGACUCAGGUGGUCCAAUGGUGAAUAAGCAGAGUGACAAGUGGAUCCAGUCCGGCGUUGUGAGUUUCGGGAUCGGCUGUGCAGAUGCAGCCUUCCCGGGAGUGUACGCGCGCGUCUCCCAGUACGAGAGCUGGAUCAAGACUCAGAUCACCAGCGACCAGCCGGGAUUCGUCACCUUCACCUCCAGUGGGACCGACUCGGACCUGAGUGCCACCUGUGCUGGUCUGUCUACCGUAACCACGGUAGCACCCACAACUACCACACCAGCGGUGGUGUGUGGACAGGCGGCUCUGAACUCGCGUCUGAUUGGUGGGUCGGAUGUGGCGGCGGGGUUGUGGCCCUGGAUGGCGAGUCUGCACAGUAAUGAAAGCGGGGCGCACGUGUGUGGAGGAACUCUGGUCGGGGAGGACCUCGUGCUCACAUCAGCCAACUGCUUCUCUAGUUCCCCUGUAGCCUCCAAUUGGACGGUGUUUCUGGGCCGCCAGAGCCAGAGCGGCUCCAACCCCAAUGAGGUGUCAGUGGGCGUGGCCAAUAUCACACUGAGCAGCCUAUCAGGCGAUAACGUAGCCAUGCUGACGCUGUCCAGUAAGCCCGCCCUCUCCAACUUCAUCCAGCCAAUCUGCCUGGAGCAGGGCGGGGCCACUAUCGCCACGGGAACCACCUGCUGGGUUGCAGGCUGGGGCAACACCACAGGUGAACAGCCUCUUCAGGAGGUGCAGACAUCAGUGGUUGCCUGUGGCAACACAUCCUCCUCUACUGAUGACAUCUGCACCAACACUGUUCAGUUACAACAGGGUGAUAUGGGCGGUCCUCUCAUGUGUAAACAGGGGAAUUCAUGGCUCCAGCUCUCAGUGCUCACCGUCACCUCAAACUCCUCCUCCUCCUCAUCUAACUCCUCCUCCUCAUCUAACUCCACCUCCAAAGCCUUCGACCAAUCAGAUCGCGCCACACCGCAGGUCUUUACUCGGACGUCUCGCUUCAGCAGCUUCCUGUCCAGUUUCUCCUUCCCUUCGGUCGCCACCACGAGCAACACCACCAGCAGCACCAACACCACUGCCACCACCGCUGCUGCCACCACCGUUGCCGCCGCCGCCACCACCGCCUCCAGCAGGGGGCAGCACUCGUGCAUGGCCCUCCCCCUCCUCUCCCUCCUCCUCCUCACACUCACCCCUCUGCUGGCCUCCCAGCGCUAGCCCUCAGGUCAAAGGUCACGACUACCCACAAUCCACUGCUGCACCUACACCAACAACAGCAACAUCAACAACAACAGCAACAUCAACAACAACAACAACAACAACAACAGCAGCAACAACAACAACAACAACAACAACAACAACAGCACUGUGGCUUAGUUGUGGGUCUUUGUCUUGUCAUAAUGCCGUCUUCCGUGUGAGGACAGGACACUCUAGUCGAUACUUAAUUCUUGUAUUUAUGCCUUAAACUGCGUCGUUUUCUACUUCUUCUUUCAGCUCUUUUUCUUCUGUCGUUGCUCAGCUGCUUGAAGGUGAAGUGUCAUGCCACUGAUAGGAGGUCAAAGGUCGUGCUCUAAUGGGGAGUACUAGAUAAGCCUAAAUGAAGUGGGGAGGAUCACACACUGUUACUUGCACUUGAUGAACACACUUAACUGGCCUCUAACAUGAGAGAGCAGCAGACCCAACUGCACCCACCAGCCCUGGGGGUCACACACACACACACAGGGGGUCAGGAUUUAGAACUAGCAACACGCUAAUUAGCUUCCACUAACAGAACUGGCUACACCAGGGGGUCAGGAUUUGACUGAUUAGCUUCGCCGAUUAGCAAGGCACUUCCCCGUCGCCAUUUUCCAGAAAUACAUCAUGUCCGGUGCCAUUUCUCCCGAUUUCUCCUAAUGCUGAUUGGUGACUGUUCCACUCUCAGCUCAUGCACGAGCUUAGUGUGGGCACGAGCUCUCCUUCUGUACCUUACGUCAAUCAGUAACCUGGCACUUAAUUGGCUAAGUAAAACGGCACCGGAAACAAGCCCCUUGAAACGCCAUGAUGAAGCCUGAAAAAAUCGUUCAAUUUUGGCACUUUCCACUUGCCUAGCAUUCCCAUUGAAAUGAAUGGGGGCGGGACUUGUUCACUUUCUCCAGUUCUUAUAAUACCUCCAUGCAACAGCCAUCUAUAACAUGAGGGACCAGCAGACCCAACUGCAGUCUGGAACCAUCAGCCAUCUCUAACAUGAGGAAGCAUCAGCAUCCAAAUCCCACCAAAGAGCAUUUACAUUUGAACACGACACAUGCAGGCCAUGCACUCUCAGGGAUCAACGUUGUGAAUCAAGCGCUGGCAGCUCAUUGGAGUUACUGGACAUGAGUUCUGGAGGGGACGGUCCCUCUGCACUGGAAGUGACCGCAUGUCCUCUGAUUUGAUGUUUGCACUUUAAACCAAUAGUAGUUAUUUAUUGCAAUGAAAACGUUCAAAUGUAUGUAGCGGUUAGUUUUAGAUGAAAAGUCCAUUGUUAUCUGUGCCGUUGACUGUGAUUGUGAUGUCCUCUGUAAGUGCGGCGGCUCUGUCUUCUUCAGGACUGCACCGGACUGCAUGCUCACAUCCACCAUGUGCUGCUGGAUUCACCUUCUGCUUGUUUACGGAGCAACAUAUUGUUUUGAGUUUCUGUUGAACAGAUCCCAUGAUUUCUAAUGGUGAAGGGUAAUGGUUUUGUGAUUCCAUGAUCUCUAAUGAUAUAUCCUACACACUUGUGCUAUAAAAAUGUCCAUGUUUGACAACA